AUGGGUUCGCGGGCAUCUCAGUCCCCAAGUCAUAGGGAGCCUGAAACUCAUUCCUUCCCAGAGCUAGAGAGCGAUGUGGAAAAAUCUUCUCUGGAAUUAACCCCCCCUGAUGCGAUAACCUACCCAGAAGGCGGGGGCAGAGGCUGGGCUGUCGCCCUAGGUGCUGCCGCCGCGCUCUUCAGUACAUUCGGCAUGGCAAACGCCUUUGGCGUUUUCCAAGAGUAUUACAUGACCCACCAGCUCUCCCACGAGAGUCCUUCCACAGUCUCCUGGAUUGGCUCAAUCCAGCUAUUCUUUCUCUUUGCCACUGGUAUUUUCAGCGGGCCGUUGUUCGAUCGAUAUGGCGAAAAAGUACUGUGGCCAUCGGCGGUUUUAUAUGUCUUCUCUGUCAUGAUGACAAGUAUCUGUAAAGAGUUAUGGCAAUUUAUGCUCGCCCAAGGGAUCUUGGGAGGGCUUUCGAUGGGUAUGGUGCUCGGCCCCUCAAUGGCAGCGACGGGGCAGUACUUCAAUAAGAAGCGCGGUGCUGCAAUGGGAAUCUCAGUUGCAGGAUCCUCCGUCGGUGCAGUCAUCUUCCCAAUAGCCCUUAGUAGGAUGUUCCAGAUACCUCAUAUAGGAUUUGGCUGGGCGGUGCGCAUCUGCGGCUUCAUAAUGGCAGCUGUCUUGGCUCUGGCUUGCAUUGCCAUCAAAGCCAGACUCCCGCCAAAGAAAGGAAAAUUCUUCAUGCCGGAAGCUUUCAAGGAUGUUCCGUACGACACUACCAUCGCUUCAGUAUUUCUAAUGCUUCUGGGCAUGUUUAUCCCGUUCUUCUACCUCCCAACAUUCGCCAUUGGAGAGGGAAUGAGCGUUCAGCUUGCAUCCUAUCUUGUUUCAAUCUUAAACGGCGCCUCCUUCUUCGGACGGGCCAUCCCGGGAAUUCUGGCCGACAAAUUCGGCCGAUUCAACAUGCUCUGUGCCUCAGCUCUCAGUACUGGUAUCUUAAUAUUCUGCUGGCCAUCGAUGAAGACAAAUGCGGAGCUCAUUGUAUUCGCGGCAUUGUAUGGCUUCUGCUCAGGAGCAAUAGUCUCCCUCAUGGCCGUCUGCCUCGUUCAACUUGCUCCAAAUCCGCAAAAUAUUGGAACUUAUUACGGCAUGGGAAUGACUGUUUGUUCAAUUGCAGCACUUAUCGGACCUCCCAUCAAUGGUGCACUUGUCACCAAAUAUGGAGGUUUCCAUGAAGCAUCGAUUUUUAGCGGCACGGCGGUUAUUCUUGGUGCAGUCGGUAUCGCUGUUACAAAGCACGUAACGGGAAAGGGUUUAUUUGCAAAGAUAUAA